GCGCGGGAGGCGGCGGCCGCGGCCCUGUCAUGGAGUUAGCGCAGGAAGCGCGGGAAUUGGGUUGCUGGGCGGCCGAAGAGAUGGAGGCGCCCGUGGGGGCCCGGGCCCCGGAGGCGACGCUGCGCAGGCUGUGUCUGGGCCAGGGGGCCGACAUCUGGGCCUACGUCUUGCGGCAUGUGCACAGCCAGAGGAGUGUGAAGAAGAUCCGGGGAAACCUCCUCUGGUAUGGCCACCAGGACAGUCCAGAGGCCCGUCGGAAGCUGGAGCUAGAAGCUGCUGUUGCCCGCCUGCGGGCAGAAAUCCUGGAGUUAGACCAGAGCCUGGAGCUGACAGAGCGAGAGACCGAGGCUCAGGACAUAGCCAUGGAGCAGGCCCUGCAGAGCAUGCAAGACACCCAGCGCCGUGCUCUCCUCCUCCGGGCGCAAGCCAGGGCCAUGCGAAGACAGCAGCGUGGGCUCCAGGAUCCCGUACAGCGGCUGCAGAAUCAGCUCAGGCGCUUGCAGGACACAGAGAGGAAGGCCAAAAUGAAUAUAACCUUUGGACCCUUGACAUCAGCCGCCCUAGGCCUAGAGCCUGUGGUCCUGAGUGAUGUCCGAACAGCCUGCACUCUCCGGACCCAGUUCCUGCAGAACCUCCUGACUCCUCAGGCCAAGGGAGGCAGCAUCCUAACCCCUCGAGAUGACCACUUUGGAACUUCCUACCAGCAGUGGCUCAGCUCAGUGGAGACACUGCUGACACGCCACCCUCCGGGCCACAUCCUGGCUGCCUUGGAACACCUGGCUGCAGAGCGAGAGGCAGAGAUCCGGGCCCUGUGCAGUUCGGACGGGCUCCAAGAUACAGAGAUAACCAGGUCUCAGGCACCAGACCAGUCAGACUCCGGCCAAGCCCUGCCAUCCAUGGUGCAUCUCAUCCAGGAGGGCUGGCGGUCUGUGGGUAUGCUGGUCGCCGAGCGGGGCCCCCUUCUGAGGGAGCGUCAGACCCUGACACAGCGCCUCCAGGGCCUGAUGGAGGAGGUGGAGAAAUGUACCCCAGGAUCCAGCGAGAGGCAGGCACUGGUGCUAGGGCUCCGGAGCAGUGGCCUGUGCGCAGAGCUCAAGGCCCUGCGCGCGGAGACCCAGGAGCUGCAGGAGGCAGCCGGGCGGAGGCAGCUUCUGCUGCAGGAGCUCCAGGCCAAACAGCAACGGAUCCUGCAGUGGCGCCAGCUGGUGGAGGAGACGCAGGAACAGGUCCGCCUGCUCAUCAAGGGCAACUCAGCCAGCAAGACACGCCUGUGCCGGAGCCCUGGGGAGGUGCUGGCUCUGGUUCAGCGAAAAAUGGUUCCCACAUCUGAGGCGGUGGCACCACAGAGCCAGGAGCUGCUUCGCUGUCUGGAGGAGGAAGCCCGGCAUCUGCCCCACCUUCUGCUGGGCACCCUGCUGCGGCACAGCCCCGGGGGGUCGCAGCCCCUGCCCACGGUCCUGCCAUCCAUCCACCAGAUGCAUCCUGCGUCCCCAAGGAGCUCCAGCCUCACAGUGCUGAGCCACACACUGGGGCUGCCUGCAGGGAAGGCUCCGGAGCUGCUCCUCCCAAAGGCUGCCUCUCUUCGCCAGGACCUUCUCUUCUUGGAGGACCAGCGGAGUCUCCGGUGCUGGGAUCUGCUCCACAUGAAGACCAGCCUGCCACCGGGACCGUCCACCCAGGAGCUGCUGCAGAUCCGGGCAUCCCAGGAAAAGGAGCAGAAGGAGGACCUGGGGCAGGCCCUGAAGCGGCUGGAGAACCUGCUGCAGCAAGCGCUGGAGCGAAUCCCCAAGCUACAGGGGGUUGUGGGGGACUGGUGGGAGCAGCCGGGCCAAGCCGCCCUCUCUGGGGAGCUCUGCCAGGGCCUGUCCCUGCCCCAGUGGCAGCUUCGCUGGGUCCAGGCCCAAGGCAGCCUGCGGCAGCUGUGCAAAUGAAGAACAGACUCAGACAGGAGUUGAGGGCUUCCCGUUUGCUCACGCCAACACCUCCCCUCCCCCAAGAAGACCUUCGGAAGAAAGCAUCACCUGGAUGUGUCUGCCGAGACCUGCCGGCCCCCUCACAGGCUGCUCUGCUCUUCCUCUCAGCUACCUUGCCCCUGUCCUUUCAUCCCACCAAAGCCAAGAGGAUGGGGUUCUCUGGACCCCAUCCCAGGCACCCCUGAAACUCCCCCCAUCGCUUUCACCCUCAGAAAAAGUAAUUGAGCACCUGCUGCAAACACUGAGGAAACAGCACCGAACAAAACGGACAAAAGCCCCAGCCUUCAGGGAGUCGACGUUCUAGGACAGAGAAACAGACCACUGACGAGACAAGUAAGCAAAGUAUGUAGUAUGCUAGAAGAUAACUGCUAUGCAGAAAAUAAAGCAGGCUGUAGGAGGUGCGAUGUUAAAAAUAGGGCUACACAGCCAAGGCCACACUCUAAAGGUAGUGAGAGGGAGCACACAGGUAUCUGAGGAAGGCUUGCAGGUGGCAGCUGCAGCACGUGCAAAGGCCCUGAGUUCAAAUGUGCCGAUGUGAGGGAGGCAGUGUAGCCAGGCAGAAGGGUUUGAGAGAUGAGAUUGUCUUCUAGUUUUUAUAGUUUCUUUUUUUACAUUUCAAUCUCAGCCAUUUGAA